UCGGAAUUGCUCCUUCUUUUCCAUCUUGAAACGCAAGAACCGUCUUGCUUUUUAUUUUCAAGAGCAAUUAUUUGCAGAUUUGAAGUGCAUUUCCGCACAAAACUAAUCAAAAAUGAGUGUAACAAAAACUGCAGCGCCCAAAGCGGCUCCCAAGGGUAAGAAGUUGCCCGCUGUGCCCGAAUCCAAAUUGAAGGCACAAAAGCAAAAGUUGAGCAGUCGCGUAUUGAAGCUCAAGCGUACUCAAAGAAAGUCCGCCACCAUUGCUCUUCGUCGUCAACAAAACUUGAAGCGCGCCGAGACCUACGCCAAACGUUAUUUGGCCAAGGAACGCGAAGUCGUUGAGCAAUAUCGCACUGCCAAGAAGGAAGGCAAGAUUGUUGUUGCUGCCGAGCCAAAACUCGCCUUCGUCAUGCGUAUUCGUGGUAUCAACAAGGUCGCCCCCAAAGUCCGCAAGGUCUUGCAAUUGUUCCGCUUGAAGCAAAUCAACAACGGUGUCUUCGUCAAAUUGAACAAGGCCACCAUCAACAUGUUGCGCAUUGCCGAGCCAUACAUUACCUGGGGCUAUCCCUCUUUGAAGACCGUCAAGCAAUUGAUCUACAAGCGCGGAUUCGUCAAGCAUGCCGGCCAACGUAUCCCCAUCACCGACAACUUUGUCAUCGAGCGUAAAUUGCGUGCCGGAUACCGCAUCCAAUGCGUCGAGGACCUCGUCUACCAAAUCUUCACCGUGGGACGCGUCUUCAGAAAGGUCAACAACUUCCUCUGGCCCUUCAAACUCAACACACCCAACGGUGGCUGGCGCAAAAAGAAUAACCACUACGUCGAAGGCGGUGAUUUCGGUAACCGAGAGGACAAGAUCAACGAGCUUGUACAAAGAAUGAUCUAAAAUUUUGUAAUUUUUUGUACCAUCGCAAGGUGGUAGUCAGACUAUCCAACGCAAGCUUAUUGAAAAUAAAACAAAAAAAAUUAAAAACCUAAAAUUAAAGUAUUUUU